AUGCCCACACUCUACGUCUCUCUCUGUAUAAAUUCUCAUUUCAUCACUUUCCUCCAAACCUUUCCCUUUUCGCAGCUGAUCUGCAAAUAUUUGUCAUAUUACCUUCCUUGGACUCCAGUUUGAUCAGAUUAUUGGAUUCAUCCAUGCAUCAGAUGGCUGCCCUAUCUCCGCAUCGUUUCUCCGUGCUCACCGCCCCAUCAUCUCCUAACCACACCUGCCGUCUCAAUCCACCUUCACCCAACGUUCUUUCAUUCCCUUUAAAUCAACCCAUUCCUUCUAACCACACCAAGCUUUCUUUCUCCAAACUCCACGUUUUAUGCGCCAUCGGAGGAGGCGAUGGGAACGACGGUUUUGGUCGCACCGGAGGCGGUGGAGGUGGUAGAGGAGAUGGCGAUGAUUCCGAUUCCAAGGAUCGAUCGUCGGAUGUUUUUGGCUUUCUGGGUCUUUUACUAACUGGAUGGAGAGACAGGGUCGCGGCGGAUCCGCAGUUCCCGUUCAAGGUGUUAAUGGAAGAGUUGGUGGGCGUCACCGCUUGUGUCGUCGGCGACAUGGCUUCACGGCCUAAUUUCGGUCUCAACGAGCUCGACUUCGUUUUCUCGACGCUCGUCGUGGGUUCCAUCAUGAAUUUCACCAUCAUGUAUCUCUUAGCGCCCAAAGCCUCUGCUUCAUCAUCGAGUCUUCCUUCCAUCUUCGCAAAUUGUCCGCAGAGUCACAUGUUCGAACCCGGCGGUUAUACCUUGAUGAGCCGUUUAGGGACGGCGGUGUUCAAAGGGGCGGUGUUUGCUGCCGUUGGAUUCGGUGCAGGCCUCGUCGGGACCGCCAUCUCAAACGGGCUGAUCAAGCUGAGGAAGAAAAUAGAUCCCACUUUUGAAACGCCCAACAAACCUCCGCCGACGUUGUUGAACGCCGUUACCUGGGCGGCUCACAUGGGCACCAGCAGCAAUUUGAGGUAUCAAACCUUGAAUGGGAUCGAGUUUCUAUUGGAAAAGGGAGUUCCGCCCGUGGUGUUCAAGUCUUCCGUGGUGGUUUUGAGAUGCUUGAAUAACGUGAUCGGAGGGAUGUCGUUUGUGAUAUUGGCGAGGAUGACGGGGUCGCAGAGUGUGGCGGAGAAGCCGGCGAUGGCGGAGAUCGGAUCUGUUGCCUCCGAGAAGGAGAAGUUGGGUGGGGGUUGGUGGUGACAAUUUGGAGAAAUGUAAUCAGUCGACUUCAAAGUGAUUUUUUAUGUUUGGGUUUUUAUUGUUGUUGUCUUGUAAUAAGAUCGCCUGGAAUGUAAAUCAACUUGUUUUCGAUCAAAAGUUGUUUUUACCUCA